AAUAACCUUCCCACGAUGCACCUGUACCUUCGACCGUAGCCAGCCAAAUUCUGCAAAAAUCGCCGAAACUUUAGAUUAAAUUGCCUUAUUGUUUGCCGAGAAUUCGAUCUGCUAAACUUCAGGCUGUAGUCAGAUAGAGCUUUGACAUAUCCUUACACUGCAGCUGAUUGCAACACAAGUGAAUUGCGUUCAUUGGAGUUGCAAGCCAUGCAUUAGUCUGGGUUCCGCUUCAUCCAUGUAGAUAACCAACCGGGAAUUAUUAGCAGCAUGCCGGGCCAGACUAACGAGCCAGCCAUUAUAGAUGUGUGGGAGGCUAACCUAGAGGAAACGUUCAGGAAGAUAAGGGUCAUAGUGCAACAGUACAAUUUUGUUGCCAUGGAUACAGAGUUUCCAGGCGUAGUGGCUCGCCCAAUCGGCGAGUUCCGCAGCAACUCCGAGUACCAGUACCAGCUGCACCGGUGCAACGUGGACCUGCUCAAGAUCAUCCAGCUGGGGUUGACGUUCUGCGACGAGGUGGGCAACUUCCCCGCGGGCGCACCAACGUUCCAGUUCAACUUCAAGUUCAAUCUCACGGAAGACAUGUAUGCCCAGGAUUCCAUCGAUCUCUUGACCAACUCUGGUAUCCAGUUCAAGAAGCAUGAUGAGGAAGGUGUGGACGUCAUGCACUUUGCCGAGCUACUCAUGACCUCGGGGGUCAUACUCAACGACAACGUGCGGUGGAUUACAUUCCACAGUGGGUAUGACUUCUCGUACCUGCUGAAAGUGCUGACGGUUUCCCACUUGCCCUCGGAGGAGACGGAAUUCUUUGAGCUACUGCGCAUCUACUUCCCCCGCAUCUAUGACGUCAAGUAUUUGAUGAAGAGCUGUAAGGACCUGAAGGGGGGACUGCAGGAGGUGGCUGAUUUCUUGCAGAUCCAGAGGGUAGGGCCCCAGCAUCAAGCCGGUAGCGACAGCCUCUUAACACAACUUGCCUUCUUUAAGAUGAGAGAGAGCUACUUCGAAGACAACAUCGACGAUGACAAGUACUGUGGUCAUCUGUAUGGCUUGGGGUCUGGCUACACCCAGAACGGGAACUACAACGACGAGGUGAACAACGCGACAACCAACGCCACCACAACGUAGUACCCAGCCCCCCAAGUCCAGUCAAAUAAUUCCUCGUUCCCUCCCCCUCCCCUAAACAGCUUUAUACUCCCGUACGAGUGUCGAAGCCUUGCUAGAAGAUGGGCCAGAUUUGUCAUUGUCAAUUUCGGAGAAAAACAAACAAAUAGUUCCAAGAGUUCCAAACAUUGACCAACGUUGUCAAAACAAAGAAAGAAGUUUAAAGGUCCCAAUUCCAGCAAGGCCACUCCGUUUCCCCAAAAUCUUGUGAUAUUUUAUGUCUUUAUUGUAAAAUUUAGUUUCUUGAGGAUUAUUUUUUAAUUGUUAGUAUUUCGUGGCUAUUUCUUUAAUUCCCCCAGUAGAUUUUUUCCCUUUUUUUUUUUUUGUCCGUCGGGUCAGUUUGUGAAUUUUUUUCCAGAAAGCUACGAACAUCACAUCUGGAAAAAUGCGGAGAGCCAUUUUUAAAAUAAAAGCUUGUUUUUUUUUUGACAUUUAAAGAUGGAAUCCAAUUUUUUAUUUUAACUUGUUUAAAUCAAGCUUUAGUCCAAAACCAACAGUAUAUCUGUCUUACGUAAAUAAUCAUUGUCGCCAAAAAAAAAAAUCAUUAAGUCUUUUUUAUGUUGGCCCUCAGUAAUUUACCUGUUCCUUCACAUUGUUACUGAAAUUUGAGUCAAAUUUAUACAAACAUUCCCUGGUGUCAAGUGUGAAGGAUUAAGCCUAGCAUUUAUGUCACAUAUUGUGGCCAUCGUGAGUGCAAUAACAUUUUCCGUUUCCUUUUUAUUUUCAGUAAUCAUGUCCAUCCAAAAACGUGACCCAAACGCGUGUUUCUUACCCGAAAAUUCUGUCCAAGCUCAAAUAUUCUAAGAAUGGUUCUUCGCAGGCACUGUUAAGUCUGAAAUAUUUGGUAUCCGCUGAAAAUGAAGGUAGCAUGUCGACAAUUGUAAUUAUUUCUUCACAUUUUUUUUUCUUUUUUCUUGUUUGCGUCUGGUUUUACUACUUUUUAGACUCUGUAAAGUUAUUGCCCAGAUUCUGCUGGCAGAUCUGGUAGUUGUGAAACGUGAAAGUUGUGUAGUGUACCUGGGCUGUUUUGGGGUUCUCAUCAAUAUGAACAAUGCAUAGAACUGUGGAAAUGAACUCAAGAAUUUUGUAAUUGUGCUUGCAAAAUGAAAGUUGUGGCGUUUUCCAAACUUGGGACUUUGUCCUCAGCUUCGGUUCCAUCUCUAUCUCAAGAAUCAUUUAAAGUCUUUUAUGUUUUACAUGGGGGUGACUUUGAGGAAUCGACACCCUGUAGCUGUCAUAAUUCUAGUUUCAGAUAUAGACCAUUAUCAUGUUGUGGCCAUCUUGAAUUUUUCCCCACUCAAAUCAACGUAACCAAAGCGAGGCUGGAAGGAAAAAUAGUCUGGUUCCUUUUUGCACAAAAAACAAUAUCAUGCAGUACUGUUAUUGGAUACAGGGAACAUGACUGGAAUGGUGGCAGCAUGGUAAAGGUCUGUUGAAGAGUCAAGUACACUGUACAAUGAAUGUAGAUCGAGGACUAUAGUCAUUACUGUGUGGACUUCCUGCAUGAACAGAACAUUGCGCUUCUGUUUUCUUACCACGACUCAUUUUAUUCAGAAUGCGCACAAAUGCAUAUCGUUUUUGCGCAAGUGUCGGUCGUACGACGACGUUCUAAUCCCUUGUGACUCUCUAUGUAACUGACUGUGGGUGUACUACAGAAGUUCCCAAAAGUGUCCCGCACAACUUGGAUAUAAAAACUUGAAGAAGUUACGUUGAAGACUGUUCUGGUGCUAAACUGAUGACUUUAGAUAGUUGUUGGGCUCAUUUUGUUUUUAAAAAAAUACAAUCAGAUAUUGACAUAUCUUGCCAUUGUAAUCUGCAUAUUUGCUUUUUAAAACAUUCUUCUUCUUUUUUUCAUUUUUAAUUGAAUACUUCAGGUAUUGUGUAAUUAAAUGGAGAAAUAUUUUCUUUCAAAUUUGGGCUUGCCCUUACAUUACAAGGGUUUGCUGAAAAUGAAAGCUAUUAAGAGACUUGGUUUGGGACUUUUCAGAAUAUACAACAGGAAUGUCUGACAACUCUAAGCUGGCAAUCGAUCACAAGCAGUAUACAAUUGUGCAACAUUUUGACUGGUACCCUGUUUUUGUUAAGCAAAUUAAUUUUGUGAAUUUAGCAAAAUUCCGUGCUUAGGCACUCCAUGAAACUGGCACUUGGUCAGGAUUGACUUCUUUUUUUUUCAGGGAAGAAAAGUUGACUUUGGUCAUCAAAAUUCAGCUGAUAAUUAUGCAUUUCAUGACAUUUUGGUCAUUUUUUGUUGAUCACACUUAGCUGAACGGGCUCUUUAAUGUACUGGUUACUGGUUUCAGAUUUACAUAAGUACAUGUGCAUAGUCAGCAAACACCACUCUGUCCUGUCAUUUUGUAAACUGUUUUCCCAUUGGUCAAAGCGAUGGCAGUUAUCGAUGACAGUCCAAUUUCAUCCAACCAUUCCAGGCCUUGUAUAUUUUCUACUCGAGGAUUUGUCCUUACCGACAACAGUACUAGUAACGUGCUAGUUGCAUUCUUCAUAUUCAGUAUGGUGCAUAAUCAUUUUCUCAUAUGAUAUUUUGACUGCAGUGCCAAAAGAAUUAAAGUGUGGGAUAAAAAAGUUCACAAAACCAUUACCUCAAUACAGCGACCAUUAUGGCAUGUACUUUUAUAUGGAGAGCCAUAUCUAACAACUUUAAAUACCAGUUAAAAAUUCAGUCUGCGUGCCAUACAGUUGGCAGCACCAUGUGUUUGUGUGUUAACUCGUAGGAUUUGGUGCAAUAACUUUAUGAGCUUUUUUUUCUUCUGUGUGUGCUGUCUGUGUGGUUUUUUUUUUUUAUUGAUUACAAAAAUUUAAGUACUGCUAUUCUUCAUGGUUGCCAUAGGGACCAAAAAACAGAAGACAUCAUAAAACUGACCCCACCCUACCCCAAAGUUAUGUCAAUCUGAAUCUUUGUUUUAUGACCUGUAAAUAAAUAUAUCCCUUCGUAAAGAAAGCAUGAUAAA